UUAAUCUACGUGGUUGAUCUAUUGGUCUUUUUUGUUGCAGACAAAACUUAAAAGUGCUGUUCAGCUGCAAGACCUUUUAGAUGCCACACGGAUGCUGGUGCCUCGCACCAGACCAGAUAGUGACAGUGAGGCUGAAGAUAUCGAUCAUGCUGAAAAGCUUCGUCAAGUUAAAGUAGUUCUUGAGGAGGGAGGACAUUUCUCUGGCAUAUAUAGGAAAGUUCAACUAAAACCACUGAAGUGGAUCAAAGUGACAAAAGGCAAUGGUGAAAUUGAAGAACAACCUAUUGAAGCUCUUAUGAUUCUUAAAUAUGGUGGCGUUCUUACGCAUGCUGGCAGAAAGCAGGCUGAAGAGCUGGGAAGAUAUUUCCGGAAUAAAAUGUAUCCAGGAGAAGGUACAGGUCUACUUCGCCUCCAUAGUACAUACCGUCAUGAUCUGAAGAUUUACAGCUCUGACGAGGGUCGCGUGCAGAUGUCUGCAGCUGCUUUUGCCAAAGGUCUUCUCGACCUAGAGGGGCAGCUAACUCCAAUCCUGGUUUCCCUUGUUAGCAAGGACUCCUCCAUGUUGGAUGGACUUGAAAAUGCCAGCUUUGAAAUGGAUGAAGCCAAGGCUCGGUUGAAUGAAAUUAUUACAAGUAAAGCUACGACAAGUGAUAGCAAUGGAUCAUCUGAAUUUCCCUGGACGGUUGAUGGUGCUGGAUUGCCACCCAAUGCAUCAGAAUUACUGUCCAAUUUGGUAAAGUUGACUAAGAAGGUUACAGAACAAGUAAGACUACUUGCAAAGGAUGAAAAUGAGAAACUUACAGAAAGAAACUUAUAUGAUAUAAUUCCUCCCUAUGACCAAGCAAAUGCACUUGGUAAGACAAAUAUUGAUGUUGACCGAAUAGCUGCUGGAUUACCUUGUGGUAGUGAAGGAUUUCUACUAAUGUAUGCUCGAUGGAAAAAGCUUGAAACGGACUUGUACAAUGAACGCAAGGAACGCUAUGAUAUCACCCAAAUUCCUGAUGUUUAUGAUUCAUGCAAAUAUGAUCUUUUGCACAAUGCACAUCUUAAUCUAGAAGGACUGGAUGAGCUUUUCAAAGUUGCUCAGAUGCUUGCAGAUGGUGUAAUUCCAAAUGAGUAUGGAAUUAAUCCAAAGCAGAAGCUGAAGAUUGGAGCAAAGGUUGCUCGUAGGUUGCUGGGGAAGCUUUUAAUUGAUCUGAGGAACACUCGAGAGGAAGCCAUUAAUGUUAUAAAGAACAACGAAGACCUUUCAUUAUCUGAAAAAAUUAAGAAAGAUGCAGAGGCCAAAUCAAAACUAUUCCAUAAGAAUGACGAAAUAGAUCAAGAUGAUGAUGAUGAUAAAGAAACCAAAUAUCGUUUAGAUCCAAAGUAUGCAAAUGUGAAGACACCUGACCGCCAUGUGCGAACACGCCUGUACUUCACAUCAGAAUCACACAUACAUUCUCUUAUGAAUGUUCUUCGUUACUGUAAUUUGGAUGAAUCCCUUCAAGAAGAAGAGGGUCUUGUCUGCCAUAGUGCUCUAGAGCGACUAUCUAAAACAAAGGAGCUUGACUAUAUGAGCCACAUUGUUCUUAGGAUGUUUGAGAACACAGAGGUAGCUUUAGAAGAUCCUAAAAGGUACCGCAUAGAGCUGACCUACAGCCGUGGUGCCGAUCUAUCUCCCCUGGAGAAGGAAGGUAGUGAGUGUACACUGCACCAGGAGCACACACUGCCCAUCAUGGGUCCCGAGAGGCUGCAACAAAUAGGAUCAUAUUUGACAUUAGAAACCAUGGAAAACAUGAUUCGUCCAUUUGCUAUGCCAGCAGAAGACUUUCCUCCUACACCUGCAGGAUUUUCGGGCUACUUCUCAAAAAGCGUUCUUGAUCGUCUCGUAAAUCUUUGGCCUUUCCAUAGGCAAUUCAGUAAUCUUGGAAAAUAGUCCUACACAUUUAAUCUGUCCUUCCUCUUUUAUUUUUUUCACUUCAAUAUAUUUUUGCUUUCUGAAAAUCUAAUGUCCUUUGGAAUAGUUUUCCUUACAUUUUAUUUUUUUAUUUCUUCAAAUGUACAAAAAUUAUGUAAUUUGGUCCACAGAGGGGGACCGAAAUGCAUCGUCCGACAGAAGAAUUAAAAGUAAAUAAAAUUUGAAUACAAGCCAUUUUAAUAGUAUU